CCAGAAGCACCAGUGCCUUUAGUUUGAAUCAAAUCGCCUGAUGUUACUCCUCGUUUAAGAGCCAUUUUCAGAUGAUGAUCUGAGUUUUCAGCAACUUUGUAAUUUGCAUGAAUAUAUUUUGUAAUAGCUUGGCGAGAUGAACCACCGCGUUCCUUUAGGGUAGCGAUAGCAGCCUUGAUCAUGUCCACAUAUUUAGGGUGAUCAGCUGUCUUCUUUGCAGCAGUAUACUUCUACUGUGAUAACAAGCAUCGUUUAUCGUUGGAUUGUUGUAAGAAAACAUUAAAAAUGAGUGAAGCAGCUUCUCCAAAGAAAAUCGCACCCAAGAAGAAACCUGCUGCAAAGAAGACAGCUGAUCACCCUAAAUAUGUGGACAUGAUCAAGGCUGCUAUCGCUACCCUAAAGGAACGCGGUGGUUCAUCUCGCCAAGCUAUUACAAAAUAUAUUCAUGCAAAUUACAAAGUUGCUGAAAACUCAGAUCAUCAUCUGAAAAUGGCUCUUAAACGAGGAGUAACAUCAGGCGAUUUGAUUCAAACUAAAGGCACUGGUGCUUCUGGAUCAUUCAAGCUAGGUCAGGUAAAAAAAGAAAAACCUAAGAAAAAGGCCGCAGCAAAAAAGCCAACGGCAAAGAAGCCUACUGCAAAGAAAAGUACACCAAAAAAGAAGCCAGCAAAGAAGAGCACGCCAAAGAAAGCAGCAAAGAAGCCUGCCACAAAGAAAGCCUCGGCUAAGAAACCAGCAGCUAAGAAACCCACAAAGAAGCCUGUUGCUAAAAAACCUGCAGCAAAGAAGGUCAAAAAGACUCCCAAAAAGGCAGCAAAGAAGACCGCAAAAAAAUAAUUUGUGUGUAUCUGGCUAUUACAUUAACAAACGGCUAUUUUUAUAGCCACACAUUUACAAAAAAAACAUUAUCUUGGUACAAAGUUAAACUUGUUUAAGUCACUUAAACAGUUAAAAAAGAGUAAAUUUAAGAUUAGAUUCCCUAAGUUUAAGUAUUUUCGUUUUUAAAUUUC